GUUGAGGUGACAGGUUGCUGAAUAUUGAUCAAAACAUGACAUCUCGAGGAUUUCUGCGAAUUUAAGUAGUGUUUCUUAAGAAAGGAACAUUCUGGAUUAACUAUAUCGCGCCCCCUGGCGGGCCUCUGACGGUGAUGCUCGAUUGCUGGUUGGUCUCAAAAAACAUUUUUUGUCAGGUUAUAUGAGCAACAUGUCAACAAACAAGACAGUCAGACAUUCUUACAGCAUGGAAUAGAAUGAAAAAAGAAAACAACAAUGUUUAUUAAAUUUAGGAUUUCUAAAAUAGUUCAAAUAAUCUCCCUUGCUGUAAGCCUCCUUCUGAAUGAGGUCCUGUCUGGAACAGUGAUAAAUUUACCCUUAAAGGGGGUCUCAUCUCGUGUACAUUACCAGCGGACCAGGCGUAGCGUCCCAUACGACCAAAAGGGUAACCUUGAAGGGAAGCCAGGACAGGGCUAUUACAUGGAGGUUCUCAUGGGCAGUCCACCACAACAGCUGAAUGUGUUGAUUGACACUGGCAGUAGUAACUUUGCUGUGGCCGCCAGUCCAAACCCUGACAUCACUGCCUGGUUCCACAUAAAUGAGUCGAGUACAUACAAGGAUGUAGGUACUGAUGUGUACGUACCUUACACACAGGGUAACUGGCGAGGUGUACUAGCUACGGACCUUGUCACUCUAGCCUCAAUGUCAAACUCUUCUGUCAACGCUCACAUCGCCUUCAUCCUUCAAUCCAGUGACUUUUUCAUAAAUGGCUCCAACUGGCAGGGCAUAUUGGGCAUGGGCUACGCUGCUAUUGCACAGCCUGGUAGCUACGUGGUGCCAUUCUUCGACUCACUUGUAACACAAGCAGAUGUAGAAAAUGUGUUCUCUAUGCAGCUGUGUGGGACAGUUUACAGACCUAUAAACAGAACAGGAGAAACAGAGAUGGGUGGAAGUCUGGUUUUAGGUGGAGUGGAUGCCUCUCUGUUCACUGGUCAGAUGCUGUACACACCUAUACACAAGGAGUGGUAUUAUGAAGUCAUCAUUUUGGAUGUAAUGGUAGCCGGCACUAGUCUCCACUUGGACUGUAAGGAGUAUAAUUUUGGUAAGACAAUCGUAGACAGUGGAACAACUAAUCUACGCCUCCCCAUCAAAGUGUUCAAAACACUGGUCACAAAAGUUAAACAACAUUUACAGAUGUCCGGGACACUGCCGAGAGAAAACUUCUGGGAAGGCGUCGACCAUAUUUGUUGGGAAGAGGGUAAAAUUCCAUACAACGACUUUCCAACCAUAACAAUUUCAUUUCCCCGAACCAAAAACUCCUCUUUUGAUCUCGUUGUUUCUCCACAGCAAUACAUUCGACCAGUGGGUGAAGACAAUGAUGACACAGCUGGGGUUGACUGUUUCAAAUUUGCAGUUGCAUCGUCUACAUCAGGUACUGUGCUAGGCGCUGUGGUGAUGGAGGGUUUCUAUGUCGUGUUUGACCGUGCCCACAAAAGAAUUGGGUUUGGGGAGUCUACCUGUCCUCCUCGGGAUCACACUGCUGUUACGUCUAAUAUUAAAGGACCAAACGUGUAUACAGGUAACGCUACAGACUGUGCCUACUUUAAGCCGGAUGCCGAGGCGGCGACCCUCACCCUGGUGGCCUAUGUCAUGGCCGGUAUCUGCUGUGCCUGCCUUAUUCCACUUAUUGUAAUGGUGAUCCAUUGGAACUGUCGGCGCUGGAACUGUCACAAACUUAAACGUCAGAACUCGGACUCUAACGACUUAAUGGGCGACACAAGCUAACAAACACUACUCAGCAUUAUGUAAGGGUUGGUGGGGAUGUGUGAGAACCUCGGCGACAGAUUUAACACACUAAUGUUGACACUGGUGCAUUUGUAUUCAUAGUUUUGGACAAGAUUUCACCAACUUCUCUUGACACUCUCACACAACUAAGGAAAUUGAUCAUUACACACGAAGUGGAUCAAUAAUGAAGACAAA